CACGUUAUUACGAGAUGCACGAAAAGAGCGAUUAUUUAAUUUAUCCGAAUCAUUGCGUUGACGCAAUCGUCGUUACAUAAUUGCGGUAAAACAAAGAUGAAAAUUACGUGUCAACUGACGCGACAGACUAAAUUAUGUUGAUUGCCGAUACGAGCGUGUCAAGAAACGGAGGGAAAAGUGUCGGGUGUGUCGAUUACAUCAUCACAUUGCAACGCGUAACUGGAGGUGGACAAGAAGAUCGGUUGACUGCGCUUCGAGGCGCGAUUCCCAACGCAUUGUGAUAGAUUUUGAUAAGCAAUUAAUUAUAUAUUUAUAUAUGAGGAGGUAAGUUAAGGAGACAUGUAGGAUGAUCGUUCGUCGACAAUACGAAGGUUUUUGGGAUUUUUUAAGAGAAGAAACAUGUCGAACGAUAUAUGUAUAUUCGGAUAAACGUAGCUCUGAGACAAGCUCUGAUCAAGCAUGACUUACAAAUCGUAACACCGACAUUCCGAAUUAUACGAACAUAUUGAGACAUCGAGACGGUACUAUUGUGAUGUUUAAGAUAUUCGUAAAUACAAAGAUGGGUAUUGGAACAACCGGUAGUCAUCGGUCACUCGCGACGAGGUAUAUCUCAUUCUUGACGCCGGCUGCGGCCGUGCCGCUCGAGAGCCCCUCGCGAUCGUUAGUCCGCGAACGAGUGCUCGCGAGAUCACUAUAUCCUGAUCGUUUCUCCCCGGUUUAUGUGUUCGAAAAUCUCCUCAUCUCCAACAAAAGAUCCUCCCGUCGGAUCCACGUUACAUUAGUACUUGAACUUUGAAUAACUUCGUUGCCAACAGAACGGAGCUGCCAUCACAGCGAUUACUCCACAUGUGGACAUCGCCGUCGCGACUCAGGAUCGGCCGGGCACCUAGGAAAAAGACACAGCCUUAAGCCUGCAUCGUCAGCUGCCGCGGCCGGUGAAGGAUGGAGAACACCGAUGGAUCCAGAAGGAAGCUCUCCUUCCUCGGCUUCGGCAAGCGGGUAUCGAUCGACGGGCAUGCCGCGGAAACGGGACCGGAGCUCGACGAGGAGAUGGAGAAGGUCUUUGCGAUGGACGUCGCGGAGAAGUUCGACGUAGCUCGGCUUGGAUCGCCCUCGGAAUCGACUGGAUCUGAUCGAGAUCGCGACCGCGGGCCACCCCCGCGAUAUGGCGGCGAUCGCGAUUUCAAUCAAUACCGUAAAAGAAGCUACCCACAUCCGCACAUGCCCCUGAAGAGCCUGCAUUCCAGAUCUAUGCGACGGCAUCUUUCACCCGAAGGAUCAGCAACGGAAGUGUCCACCGAAGAGGAUCAUGGUAAUGUUCAAGCGAGGAGUAACGAGGUCCAGGAGGUCGACGGGAUGAACCGUAACGGGCUGCAAUCGACCGUCACAGCUGAGGCCGAGGCCGAAGUCGACGAAGAAACGGCGGAGGAAACCGAAAAUGUAGGCAGCAGCGAGAGCGAGGCGCCGAUCUCGGAGAGGGCGGCUUCCGGUUUCAACGACAGCCCGACCAUCGGCAGUCCGAGGGUGCAAUUUGAGAAGAUCAAGGAAGAAGAUGUAUUGAGCAUGCAGACACCAGAAGUGCCAACCGCUCCGAGUGGCCUGGAGGAAGAUCGGAAUCGCCGGCGGCAUCAAAAGCACGAACAUAAACGUCACCAUCACAAAUCUCGCAAAUACUCUCUGCAGGAGGAUCCGCAAUGGCGAAAGCGAUCGGGGGCCGGUCUUCCAGACAAUUCGAGCCUACUGACUCGACGUGUCAGCGUCCAGCCAGAAGAAGCGAGUACCUUGCAGGAACUCGACAUCGACGACCUGGAGUCGCAUCGUAGUGAUGAUCCGCGUGGCAUGCGGCGGCACAAAGCUGCUCACUUAACGGUGCAGAUUGGUCGACGGAAGGAAGGCGGUAUCCCUCAUGACACCUUCAAGAAAAUGUACGAUCACUCGCCGCACGAGGUGUUCGUCCAGCUGGACGAAUUACACGGCUUGGGCGAGGAACGCGAGUGGCGAGAAACCGCGAGGUGGAUUAAAUACGAGGAGGACGUUGAGGAGGGUGCUGACAGAUGGGGCAGGCCACACGUGGCCUCCCUUAGCUUCCAUUCGCUGCUGAAUCUUCGUCGUUGCCUGGAAACCGGCGUCGUCCUCCUCGAUCUGGAGGAAAAGGAUCUACCUGGGUUGGCUUACAGGGUAGUCGAGCAGAUGGUCAGAGAGGAGCUUAUUCUGGCCCAGGACAGACCGGUUGUGAUGAGAGCGUUACUGCUAAGGCAUAGGCAUGUGCACGAGCACGAACGUGGGUUCCGAUUUGGCGGCAAGAGGAGCUAUUCCAGUUACACCAGCCUUCAGUCCAUCUGGCUGGAGGAAGAAGAUGCUGCGCGGGAAGCCGCUGAGAACCAUGUAACCCAACAUAAUCUGCACGAUGCGAAACCGAAGAUCGUCUCGUCGAAUCUGGCGCUCGACAGUAAUCACACGGUGGUCGAUAUCAAGGAGGAACUAACGUACAUGAGCAGUAACGAGGACUUGAAGAAGAGUCACAACGACUACAUCCUCAAGAGGAUUCCAGCCGGUGCUGAGGCGACAGUUGUACUCGUCGGCGCCGUCGACUUUCUGGAUCAGCCGACGAUAGCUUUCGUACGAUUGGCCGAAGGUGUGUUUAUGCCGUCCAUCACGGAGGUGACGAUACCGGUCAGAUUCAUGUUUACCCUAUUGGGACCGAGAAACGGCGACCUGGAUUAUCACGAGAUUGGCCGGUCAAUCUCCACCUUGAUGGCGAACACGUCGUUCCACAAGGUCGCUUAUAAGGCCAACGAGAGGCGAGAGCUGCUCUCGGCUAUUAACGAGUUCCUAGACGAUUCGAUUGUACUGCCACCCGGCGACUGGGAGAGACAGGCCUUGUUACCGUUCAACGAACUUAAGGCGAAGAGCGAGGCUAUCAGGAAGCGAAAGGCAAAGGCGCUCGAGGAGAAGGACAAACCGGAACAAAGUGAGGCGGCCGUGAAAAAAGCUCUUCUAGCCGGCGAGGAGGAGAAGAAGCCACCAGAAGACGAUGAUCCAUUGCGACGUACCAAACGUCCAUUUGGCGGCCUCAUCAACGACAUUAAGCGUCGCUAUCCCUUCUAUUUAUCUGAUUUCACGGAUGGCUUGAGCUCGUCCUGUCUCGCGGCAGCUAUCUUCAUGUAUUUCGCCGCGCUAUGCGGCGCCAUCACCUUCGGUGGUCUGAUGAGCGACAAGACGCAAAACGUAAUAGGCAUCUCUGAAACUCUGGUCUCCGGUUCGUGGACGGGCGUGAUAAUGGCACUAUUUGCCACUCAACCGCUGGUGAUCAUCGGCACGACUGGUCCUUUAUUGCUCUUCGACGAAAGUCUAUACAACUUCUGCUUGGCUAACGAGCUCGAAUUUCUGACUGUACGGGUAUAUGUUGGCGCCUGGAUGGGUAUUAUCGCCCUGGCGAUUGCCUGUGUCGAAGGUUCGGUCCUCGUGCGACUCUUCACGCGCUUCACCGAGGAAAUCUUCACCGGAUUGAUUUCUAUCCUUUACAUCGUUGAAACGUUCAUCAAGCUUUACAACUACUUUGUGCGCAAUCCUCUUCUUCACGAGUACAGCUUUGGGCCGGACAUCAAUGACACAACCUAUCCGCUCUACGUUACCGAAAUGAAGGUCACGCCAUGGAACGGAACCGAAGAGAUCCUGCGCUUGGAAAAAGUUCUGGUACCGAGUCACGACAUAGCUGGGUUGCUGAUCAAUCAACCCAACACAGCUUUGAUGUGUACUAUCCUUUGUCUGGGCACCUUUCUGGGCGCCUAUUACUUAAGAAUCUUCCGCAACAGCCAUUACCUGGGUCGUAGUGCUCGAAGAGCCUUCGGAGACUUCGGCGUGCCUAUUAGCAUCGUCGUUUUCGUUCUAAUCGACUAUCUAUUUAUGGUAAAAACGGAGAAGUUACUGGUUCCUGAAGGACUCACCCCAACUAUACCCGAUAGAAAUUGGUUCGUGUCUCCCGCUGGAUACGAGAAACCCAUACCACUUUGGAUGGCUUUAGCUUGCGUGGUGCCAGCUUUGCUGGUUUACAUCCUGGUGUUUAUGGAGACUCAAAUAUCGGAACUGAUCAUCGAUAAAAAGGAGCGUAAGCUGCGAAAGGGUAAUGGCUAUCACAUGGACAUUGUGGUGGUCUGCCUGAUGAACGUGGGAUGUGGCCUGAUGGGUGCACCUUGGUGUUCCGCCGCGUCCGUGCGCUCUCUCACCCACGUAUCCGCUGUGACCGUGAUGUCACGCACCCACGCACCCGGCGACAAGCCGCACAUCGUUGAAGUGAAAGAGCAACGGGUGAGCGCCCUUCUGGUCGCGAUACUGAUAGGCGUGAGCAUGCUGAUGGCACCGUUGUUGCGGCGGGUACCGAUGUCCGUCCUUCUUGGUGUGUUCCUCUACAUGGGUAUCUCAUCGACGAACGGCGUGCAGUUGUUUGACCGCAUCAAGCUCUUUUUCAUGCCAGUCAAACACCACGGUACAGCAAACUACGUGCGCCGCGUACAAACCUCCAAGAUGCACAUCUUCACCUCCAUACAGAUCUUGUGCCUAGCCAUAUUGUGGAUUGUCAAGAGUACUAGAGCCGCUCUGGCCCUGCCCUUCUUCCUUAUCCUGAUGAUACCAUUGCGCGCUCAGAUGAGCCACUUCUUCACCACCGCGGAGCUACGCGCCCUCGACAGUAAGGGACCUGAGCACGAAGUCGAAGACGAGCUGGACUUCUACGAGGAGGCUCCUCUACCUGGUUAGACUGUGCCUUAAUCGACUAUGAUAUCAUGGCGUAUCUCUCUCCGCCUCUCUCUUUCUCUCUUUAAAUUCAUCCACUAUGUAUCUUUCGAAAUUAUCUACUCAUAUAUCUAUUUCAUAUCAGGGUCUCAAAGUCCUUAUCUAGCGCCAAUACAGAGGUCGCAAGUACAGAGUUCUAUUUUCACUAGAUUAUGUAUAUGCAUAUAUGUAUAUAACGUCCAUUAAUAGGGUCCAUUGAUAAGGAGCUGAUAAACGGUAGAAUUCAAAUAUAAAUGUACGACAUAUGUAAUGCAGAAAGGAUUAUCAACAGUCAUUAGACUGUCGGAUCUCGUUUUGCACAAAUUUUUUAUUCUUUUGUGUUUUGUAGAGUUUUCAUUCCACAAUUUUCCAUGAAUCUUGGAACGCGCACGAAUAUUUAUUUUCAUUGAUAAUUACUAAGAUUGCAUCUGCUUAUAUAUUUUGACCGUUUUUUGUCAUGAAAUUAUAUAAAUAGCCUGACCGUACAUUUUGAAAUGAUUGAGUUACUCAUACACGCUUAAUGGACGAUAUGAUGCGUUUGCGUUCUUGAAAUUAAGUGGAAAACCGGUGCCUCUGAAUGCCUGAUAUUUGCGCUUUGCGAUGUAAUGCUCAGGAGAAGUUUACGUAAUGGCACACAUGAGGAUAGUGCCAAAUCAAAAUGUUAUGAGGACAAUGCUCGGCUAGUGAUGAUUUUAGAGAGAUAACGUUUUCGCAAAUCCUUCCUUUUUCUCUUUUUUUUCAUGGAUAUACAUAUAAAUAUAUAUAAACACACACAUAUAAGGGAACAUAUUGUUGCCUUGAUCUUUAAAUUCUUCAAAGAUGUGUACGUGAGAGUUUAUGAAUCUUUAUAUAUUCCAAAUUUGUAGAUCUUACGCGAUAUCUAAGUUUCAACGUUUUACUUCUUUUUCCUCUUCUUCUUCACAAUUGUGCCUCUCUCUACACGUGUAAAUCUUUAAAUUUAUAGGUGCUUACGUACGCGGAUCAUAUAUUGAGGCGCGAAUGUAUAAAAUGUCAAAUAUCUUCACUUCCUCAGAUUCUUGAUUUUAGGAAUUCCAUAUCGAUCAUCGAUUUUAAUCUUACAAUUAGACUUUAAGCCCCCGAUAAUCUUUGCUUUUAUAAAUUUUACCAUUGCUACAUAUUGUUAAAUUCGUCAAUUUCUUGUGAUUCGUAUUUACAUACAUAUAUACACAUCUUCAUAGUCACAAGUACUUACAAAACUUGCGCACUAUAUAAAGGAUACUUAAAAAGACACAACUCUUGCGUCUCCCUUAUUUGCACAGGUGCUUAUUCACGCGAUUGCACUUAAAAAUGGGAUAAUUCUUACAUAUUUUUAUAUCUACACAAACCAGAACCCUAGAUUUUAAAUUUCAUUAGGAUUCAUUUCUUAUCCUUGGAUUCCGUAGACGGAUAAUCCCUUCCAUUUCACAGAUCCUUUGAUGGAUACUUGAGUCCCGCAAGUCGGCAAAAUCGAAACUGCGAUGUUUUAUUUUCUUUAUUAACUUGAUCAGUAUAACGUUCUGCAAAUCCUACUAGAUAAGCAUUCGUGUAUUUGCUCGUAAAACACUAUGAUUUUAAUUCAUUCUUACGACAUGAAAUCUAAGAGAAGAUAUUCGCGCGCGCGUUUCGAGCAAGAUGAAGCGAUCGAUGACGCUGUAAUUAGAGCGGUUCGGAAUUAUCGUAAGGAAUAAAGGCUGGUGAAAGAAAAAGAAAGAGUUAUAUUUAACUAAAUGAACUAUUUUCAUUGUGUGUGUCUAUAUAUAUAUAUAUAGACACACACACACAUAUAUAUAGAUAGAUAGAGAAGAUACAUUAUAUUUUUAUUCGUAUUAGAGUAUUUUACUAAAACUUCCGUAAAGUCGUUUCCGCUUAUUAUAACACAUCAAUUGUUAAUCGAUAAUAGAGAGAAAUCUAGAGAGAGUGGAAGCGAUAUACUUAAUCCAUUGUGAUAGCAAGCAGAAUUGCUCGAAUACAAAAAGAUGGUACAACUGAGCACUUAACGUUAGCGAAAAGUUUAUAAUGCAAAUCCUCUAAUUAGAUGUUUAAUCGAUCCAUAGAACAUUAUCGAUGCACACGUACGCGCGUACAUAUUCACCUAUAUGCGUUCCUAUCGUCGUUGAUAUUAUAUUGUAACAAAAGAUUAUCGAGGCGAAUUGUUACGAAGCGAUAGUACGGUUGUACAUAGUCUAGUUAACAUACAGUAUUAAAAAAAAAUAAUAAUAAUUAGCAAUAGGCAAUAGGCAUAGUAGUUGAUUUGCGCCUUAAAUUAGUGAUCGAAGAAAUAAAACAUAUUUUAAUUGUA